AACAAACACAGAUAAUCCACACAACGUAACCGAGGGUAUGUACCACAAACAACAACCGACCAUGAAAAGAGGAAACAAAGGAACUUAAGUAGUGGUACAAACAAGGUUAAUAAGGAGACACAGCUGAACUAAUAGAACUAAUCAUAUCAGUAAGUAAGUGGCAGAAAACUAGACAAAGAAAACACUGAAAAUGAAACUAAAUAAAGAGAACUGUGACAAGAGCAUGCAGUCACAGAAAAAAGGUAAGUUGUACACAGUAAACAUUUUGCAAUUGCAUGAAAAAGGAUUGUAAUCACAACAUAGCAGUGCUUGAAGUGGGCCGGUUUGCAUAACUGUGACUGUAGCUUAUACCCUCACUUAUUAUUGCGUACUUUCACUUCUCACAUGUUGCCGGGACUCUGACUGCCCACACCAAAACAUAAAUUUGGCUAGUAAUUAAUUGUAUACAUUGCGUUCAGAGCUUUUAUAAGCUGUAUGAACUAAAUGGACCAAUUAUCUGUGCUUUUUUAGCAAAAGAUAAAUGCAUGCCUGACAUCUAGAGGACAUUCUGAGAAAAAUCACUGUCAAGUAGAAGACAUGGACAAAUUUAUAUAAUAUGCUAUAGCAAUAAAACCAGUUGUUUCUCAGUUGUUUCUAAAUAACCUGAGAAGUAAUUCACUGAAAAAAGUCCAUUAUUUCUUGCCUGUUUUUCUCUCCCAGUUUAAGGAUUGAUUUAACAAAAAAACACAUCAGUACUAUUCUGGCACCACAGCAAACACCAAAGAAAAUACCAUAGAUAAUUCUGAACCUUUUGGCCAUUCCUAGAUUUUGGUUGUCCAAUGUAGGUGGAAGGUCAAUUUGUGUUACUGUUUCUAAACCUUAGAACUCACUACACCUUACUCUCCAUAACAUUUCUUCUCUGUCUACUUUUAUGACCCAGCUAAAAAUAUAUCUGUUUGAAAUAUAUGUUCAAUAAUGUGUCUUCAUGUGGCCUCAUGUGUUUUCAGUGUGUUCAAAUGUAUUUGGCAUGCACUAUAAAAAACGACCUUGAGCUAUAGAAAGACACUAUAUAAAUAAAACUUCUUCUUUAAAGUUGUAAGUUCUUUGUAAUCUUGUUUAGGUUUCUUAACCUUUCUUAACCUUUUCUUAACCUUGUUUAGAAAAAGAAAUCAUGAUGAGAUCGGAUGGUGACGUCCUGAUUUCCAAGGAUGGCACCACCCGCUCUUUUAAAGUAACACCCCUCCAACCUUCAACCACAACCUUCAUCAUAAAUUAGUUAGCUGAGUGAGUGAGAAAGGACAAGAGAUGUGCAUCACACUGUAUAUUUUUCUAUUCCUGUCAUUUAACUGUAUAUCUGCAGCUUCAAUCUUCAGAUCAGGUACCUGUCAGCUCCAAGGACGCUUCAAAUUGAAUGGAAUGUACCAGGAUGGAGAUGUUAUACUUGGAGGCCUGUUUCAGGUUCAUUUUUUCACAGUGUUCCCAGAUCUGAGCUUCAAAACGAAACCAGAACCACCACACUGUGAAAAAUUUGAUAUGGAAAGCUUCCAGGAGGCUCAGACCAUGGCUUUUGCAAUAGAUGAGAUCAAUAAGAAUCCCAGUCUGCUGCCUAACAUCACUCUUGGUUACCAUCUUUAUGACAACUGUGUGAGGCUAGGAAUGGCAUUCCGGGCUGCCAUAUCCCUGGCUAGUGGGACAGAUGAGUCCUUCUCAAACCUUAACUGCACUGGCCAUCCUCCGGUGAUUGGGAUUGUCGGGGAUCCUAGUUCAACUCCUUCCAUUGCGAUUUCCAGUGUUCUGGGACUGUUUCGAGUACCUAUAGUUAGUUACGCUGCCACCUGCUCCUGUUUAAGUGACAGGAAAAAAUACCCCUCUUUCUUCAGAACUAUCCCCAGUGAUGCCUUCCAGGUGCGGGCUAUGGUUCAGAUCUUGAGGUAUUUUGGAUGGACCUGGGUUGGUCUUGUCUACAGUGAUGAUGACUAUGGUAUCUACGCUGCUCAGUACUUCCAGCAGGAAAUGCAGCUGUUUGAACAUUGUUUGGCUUUUUCUGAAAUCCUGCCCCAUGAUAACAACCGCAGAGAUAUUCAGCGUAUAAUGGGAGUAAUUCAGGCUUCUACAGCUAGAGUGGUUGUUGUUUUUUCUACAUCAUCCUUUCUGUUGCCUUUGAUGGAUGAGGUGGUGUUGCAGAACAUGACAGGCAGGCAGUGGAUUGCAAGUGAAGCUUGGGCCACCGCACCUGUAUACCACACUCCACGUUUCCUGCCCUUUCUUAGGGGCACACUGGGCAUUGCCGUUAGGCGUGGAGAAAUUCAGGGGCUUCAUGACUUUCUGCUACGUCUUUGUCCCAGCAAUGAUCCGAGAAAUAAUAUGUUGAGGAUCUUCUGGGAGAACAUGUUUGGGUGCAGUUUUGAAAUGGGGGAUAAAGAGACAGAUGGAGAGCAAGUGAAAAAGGUGUGUACAGGACAGGAGGAUCUGAGCACCACAAAUACACCAUACACUGAUGUUUCAGGUUUGAGGUCAGCGUAUAAUGUCUAUAAAGCAGUUUAUGCGCUGGCACAUGCGCUUCAUGACCUGAUUCAGUGUGAGGAGGGUAGAGGACCAUUCAGUGGGAACAGCUGUGCUGACAUAAUCAACUUGAAACCCUGGCAGCUGGUUUACUAUCUACAGGAAGUGAACUUCACAACAGGUUUUGGGGAUCAUGUGUCAUUUGAUAAGAAUGGAGAUGCUCUGGCCAUCUAUGAUGUGUUAAACUGGCAGCCGAGCUCUGAUGGGUCAAUAAGUAUCUACACAGUCGGUGUAGUAAAUGAAGGGGUGGCAACGGGGACGGUGCUCACAUUGGAUGAAGAAGCAAUUUACUGGAACUUUGAGACAAAAAAGCCCCCACGGUCUGUGUGUAGUGAGAGCUGCCCCCCAGGAACCAGACGAGCCACAAGGAAGGAUCUUCCUGUCUGCUGUUUUGACUGCCUGUCAUGUGGAGCUGGAGAGAUUUCUAAUAUAACAGAUCCUAUUGAGUGCACAGUGUGUCCAGAUGAGUUCUGGUCCAAUAAAGAUAAAGAUCAGUGUGUCCCUAAAGAUGUAGAGUUUCUAUCCUAUGAGGAUCCUCUGGGCAUCUCUCUGACCACUGCUUCCCUGCUUGGCACCUGCUUCUGCGCUCUUGUUAUGGUCGUCUUUGCUCUUCACCGUAACACUCCCAUAGUACGCGCCAACAAUUCAGAGCUCAGCUUCCUACUUCUGGUGUCACUCAAACUGUGUUUCCUAUGUGUACUGCUUUUCAUUGGUCAGCCGCAGCUGUGGACGUGUCAAUUAAGACAUGCUGUGUUUGGCAUAAGCUUUGUCCUGUGCAUCUCCAGCAUCCUUGUCAAGACUAUGGUGGUAAUAGCUGUGUUUAAGUCAUCUCGGCCAGAGAGCAAAGCAGCAAUGAAAUGGUUUGGAGCAGUUCAACAAAGAUGCACAGUUCUGGUCCUUACAGCCCUCCAGGUUGUGAUAUGUGCAGUCUGGCUAUCAACUGCCUCUCCAACACCUCAUAAAAACAACGAGUAUAUCCACUCUAAAAUAGUAUAUGAAUGUGCUAUUGGCUCAGUGGCUGGUUUUUCUAUGCUGCUGGGAUACAUUGGACUUUUGGCAGCAGUAAGUUUCCUUUUAGCUUUCCUGGUGAGAAAUCUUCCAGAUAAUUUUAAUGAAGCAAAGUUCAUCACUUUCAGUAUGUUGAUCUUCUGUGCUGUCUGGAUUGCAUUUGUUCCAGCAUAUGUGAGCUCUCCAGGAAAAUAUGCAGUGGCUGUGGAGAUAUUUGCCAUUUUAGCUUCCAGUUUUGGAUUACUGGUGGCCAUAUUCGUCCCAAAGUGCUACAUCAUCCUUUUACAUCCAGAAAGAAACACUAGACAUGCCAUAAUGGGAAGAGAAACACAAAAAAAAUAGUUUUACAGGCUGCCUGCAUAUCUUUGGUGUAUGCUUGUAGAUAUAGGUUAUUAUAAGUGUUCCUAAUGCAUGUAAUUGAAAGACUUCCAGUACAUGCAGGUGACUCAUACAAUGCCUGUUUUACAUAUUUUAUUGAAACAUAAUGACUAAAGUUGUUGAUUUACUCGAGAAAAAAAAUAAAGUAACAGUAAAUGGGGGAAAAAAUACACAUUUAUGCUUCUUCUAGUUUAAUUGCCUGGGUAUUAAUGAUGAAGUGGCCCAUAUUUUGUAAUGAUGAAAUGGCCCAGUUGUUCCAUAUUUUUAAUCUGCACUAUUAACACUAAAUUGUAAAGAUGGAAAUGGAUCUUUCAAAAACGGCACGGAAGAUCAGCAUCUCUCUGGUGACAUAUGCAGGACUCAAAUGACUGCAUGCUCACAUUUGAUCCAUCCAAUCAAUUAAUAACGGAUGGAUAAAACCAAGUCCCCAUGUCACAGUGUCCCCAAACACAGCUUCGAUAAAUCCAAGCAGCACACUGAAAAUAAAUAUAUUGAAAAAUAACACACAAAGCAAUAAAUACAGAAGUAAAUUACAAAAAUAUAUAAAAGCAUACACAUUAAGCAAUAUAUAAAAGAAUACAAAAUUAUAUCAAAUUAAAUUUAAAUUAAACUAAAAUGUUAAUUCAUAUCUGGGACUGUUUUGAGUAUCUAUAGUAAGAUGGGAUGAUAAAAAUUAGAUAGGAUGGUAAAAAUUCAUAUUCAUGUUAAUUCAUUUUUUCAUGUUAAUUAAUUUUCCAUUGAUUUAACGAUUGAACAUUAAGGAUGUUAAUGUUAAUUAUAAGGAUAACAUUUUCUCCAAAAAACUUAAAUGCCGCAAAACUUGGAGCAGCUUUAAAGGGUAAAUAAAGCACAGUUUCCGCCAAUCUCAUGUCAAUCUUAAAUACCUAUAGAGUAGGCUAGUAUUGCAUCCUUCAUAUCUCCGAAAAGCAGGGCUUAAAAACGAAAAAAAAAAAAAAAAAAAAAAAAAUUCAAUCGUUUCACUCCGAGCAGAAUCGGUAUUUUAACGUUUCUGUUCCAGCGUUCCUUCUGUAUUAUUAACGUUCCGAAACCGGUUUGUUUCGAAAAAAUAACGGUUAAUAUCGUUAUUUUUUAACUUUUUUUUUU